AUGAAGUCUGCUCUUAUUGCCGUGGCCGCCACGGCCCUGCUCGGCAACGCUGCUGCUGCUGGUGUCCACGACCGCCACCAGGCCUUCCACAACCGCCGCAGCCCCCUCGAGGUCCGCAACGAUGAUGGCGAGGUCUGCGGUUGCACCACCUACGUGACCACCGUCACCGGCCCCGCGACCAUCGUCCCCACCCCCGAGUACUCUGCUCCCGUUGCUCCCUCGAGCCCGGCUGCCGGUGUUCCCUCGGCCCCGGCCGGCUCCUCGCCCUCGGCCCCUGCCUACGGCGUUCCGUCCGCUCCCGCUGGCACUCCCUCGGCCCCGGCUGGCUCCCCUUCGAGCCCUGCUGCCGGCGUUCCCUCGAGCCCGGCUGCUGGCGUUCCCUCCAGCCCGGCUGCCGGUGUCCCCAGCAGCUCCAACGUCGCGGGCGUCCCUGGCUCCACCCCGGCUCCCAGCACCACCCCCGCCGUGCCCAGCCAGCCUGCUACGCCUGAGGCUCCGGCUCCCACGCCGGUCGUCUCUACGUACGCCACCCCGGGCACGUACACCAUCCCGGCCACCACCAUCACCGUCCACGACACCACCACUGUCUGCGGUGCUUCCACCACCAGCCUGACCCCUGGUGUCAACACCUACGGUGGUGUGACCACCUCGGUCGUGACCGCGACCACCAUCACCUGCCCGUACGCCACCGUCGAGACGGCCGAGUCCACGACCACCAGCGUCAUCAAGACCACCACCUACACUUGCCCGGCUGGCGGCGAGUACACGAUUGUUCCUCCCUACACCACCAGCGUUCCGGAGGGCACCGUCACCCACUUCCCCACUCCCGCCACCUACACUCCUGGCACCUACACGGCCCCUGAGCAGACCGUGACCAUCACCAAGACCAACGAUGUCUACGUCUGCCCCGCUGCCACUCCUCUCGGUGGCACCCCCAGCGGCAGCUCCCCUGCCACCGCUGUCCCCACCAGCAGCGUCGACGGCGUUGUCGGCAGCCCGUCCAGCACCCCCGCCCCUGUCAGCACCCCCGCUGUUUCUGUCGGCACCCCCCUGGCUUCCACCCCGGCUGCUUCCACCCCCUCUUCUGCUGCCUCGUCCACCCCCUCCAAGGGUGCCGGUGGCUUCACCCACAACGGCAACCAGUGGGCCAUGACCUACACCCCCUACAGCGCUGACGGCCAGUGCCGUGAGGCUAGCGGCGUCAUGGAGGACCUGAAGGACAUCAAGAGCAAGGGUUUCACCACCGUCCGUCUCUACGCCACCGACUGCGAUGGCCUCCAGACCGUUGGUGAUGCUUGCAAGGAGCUUGGUCUGCGCAUGAUCAUUGGUAUCUACGUCAAGGAGACUGGCCUCAGCGGUUCCGACAUCACUGAGCAGGUCACCGACAUCAUCCAGUGGGGCCAGGGUGGCAUGUGGGAGCUUGUUGACCUUGUCGUCGUUGGUAACGAGGCCGUCUUCAACGGCUUCUGCACUGCUUCUGAGCUCGCCAGCUUCAUCACCAGCUUCAAGUCCAAGAUCACCGCCGCCGGCCUGUCCCUCACCAAGAUCACCACCACCGAGACGCUCAACAUCCUCCAGGGCACCGAGUUCUCUGCGCUCUGCGAUGCCAUCGACGUCAUUGGUGUCAACGUGCAGCCCUACUUCAACUCGGAGUGCACUGCCGACAAGGCCGGUGACUUCGUCGUCUCCCAGCUCGAGCUCGCCAAGAAGGCUUGCCCCAACGUCUCCGACGUCCUGAACCUCGAGUCCGGCUGGCCCCACCAGGGCAGCGCCAACGGUGCCGCUUCCGCCUCUGGCGACGAGCAGGCCACGGCCAUCAAGUCCAUCAUCGAGAAGGCCGGUACCAACUCGGUCAUCUUCUCGUACGGUGACGACUCGUGGAAGAGCAGCGGCGAGUUCGGUGUCGAGCAGUACUUCGGUUGCGCCAGCCAGUUCGAGCUCGUCUCCGGCACCCUCAAGAUCGGCGGUCUGUCCCUGUCGCUCGACAUCGGCUCGGACGGCAUUGACCUCGACCUCGACCUCAACCUCUAA